GGUGUUCUGUGGUACUACUUCCUCCGUAUGUGAUAGUUUUCCUUCUCUAGUGUAUAGGUGUUCUGUGGUACUAUGGUGUCGACCAUGUGGAGUUGUCUCCGAGCUACUCUCUGUGCUUCUCAAGAGUGUUUAUCCAUGACACUGGUGCAGGGUCUCGAGGAAGCAGACGUAACGGUCAUGGAAUUUGCUGUAAAUCAUUGUGGAAAACCUGGAAAAGUCAGGGAAUUUUGAAAAAGCAAAUUGGUAGACACCUUGACUACAUGUCUAGGGCCUCUACAACUGCUUCUGGCAAUCCGCUUCUGAAGGAUGUUUCGGGCGAGUUCCCAAGGGUGUACAACGCUCCAGAUGUGGAGGCUGGCUGGUUCGACUGGUGGGAGAGUGCAGGCAUUCAUGCCCCUCCCAAGGAGGCAAAGGAAGAAGGCACAUUCAGCAUGGUGUUGCCUCCACCGAACAUCACUGGUGAUUUGCAUCUUGGCCAUGCACUGACUGUCACCAUACAGGACACAUUGGUGCGCUGGCAUCGUAUGUGUGGCAAGCGAGUGGUGUGGGCGCCCGGCUGCGACCAUGCUGGAAUUGCCACUCAGCUGGUCGUAGAGAAGCAGCUCUGGGCUGAGCAGGGGAUCACACGGCAGCAGCUGGGACGUCGGGCCUUCCUGGAGGCCGCUCAUGCUUGGAAGAAGCAGAAAGAAGCCAACAUUCUCAGGCAGCUCAAGAGGCUCGGUGCAUCUCUCGAUUAUUCGCGCUACAUGUUCACCAUGGAUGAGUCCAUGAAUGCAGCGGUCACGACGGCAUUUGUGCUGCUCUUCGAUGCGGGUCUUAUCUACCGGGAAAAAAAAAUGGUGAACUGGUGCUACUGGCUACAGUCAGCCAUCUCGGACAGCGAGGUCAGACAUGUCCCCAUAUCUCCUGGUGAAAAAAUAAAGGUGCCUGGAUCAGAGGAUGGAGUUGAAGUAGGCUUCCUUGAGAAAGUUGCCUUUCCUAUUGACAACUCUGAGAUCGAGGUUGCAACCACCCGACUAGAGACGAUGCUUGCUGACACAGCUUUGGCUGUCCACCCUGAAGAUGCCCGUUAUGCUCACUUCAUCGGGCGCAGAGCGAGACAUCCCAUAACCGGCCGAGACCUGCCUGUUCUGGCUGACAGCCUAGUGGACCGAAGUUUUGGAACUGGGGCCAUGAAGGUGACACCUGGCUAUAGCAAGGUGGACUAUGCACUUGCCAAGAGACACUCUUUGCCUGCCCUAGAGUGCUUUGAUGACGAGGGUAUGGUCAUUGAAGGCUACAAUGCAUUCACUGGCCUGUCACGGUUCCAAGUGCGAGAUGCCAUCCGCGAACGACUGCAGCAGAUAGGGGCACACCGCAGUCGCCUGCCCUAUGCAACUACUGUGCCUGUCUGCAGCCGCUCAGGAGACCUCCUUGACUUCCGGCUCAAGCCACAGUUCUUCCUCAGACUUGAACGGCUCGCACAGGAGGCUCUGCAGGCAGUGGAAGGUGGAGAGCUGGUGCUUGAGCCAGACCAUUGCCGGAAAGCCUGGCUGGAGUGGCUCACGAAAACAGAGGACUGGUGCAUAUCUCGUCAGCUGUGGUGGGGCCACCAGAUACCAGCCUACAGAGUGCUCAAUGCCGAUAGCGAGGAGGUGUGGGUAAGCGCAGCAACUGCGCAGGAGGCGGCUACCAAGGCUGCUGUGAAGCUGGGAGUGGAGCGGGAGGAUGUGCUACACUUGCGACAAGAUGAAGAUGUCCUGGAUACGUGGUUCUCUUCUGCUCUUUUUCCGUUCUCUGUGUUUGGCUGGCCACAAAAUACUUGCUCCCUGCACCAUUUCUACCCACUGUCUCUGAUGGAGACUGGACAAGACAUCCUGUUCUUCUGGGUGGCACGCAUGGUCAUGCUUGGCAAAGAACUCACCCAACAGCUGCCUUUCACUAAGGUGCUUCUACAUGGCAUGAUCCGAGACUCGGAAGGGCGUAAGAUGUCAAAGUCUCUUGGAAAUGUCCUUGAUCCACUCGACAUCAUCGAUGGGAAGUCUAUACAGGACAUGGAAGCAGCAACUUAUGAUCUGCAUCGGCGAGGCUACAUUGGUAGAGAAGAACUGUACACAGCAUUAAAAAGUCAGCGGAAGGCAUUCCCCAAUGGCGUCACCAAGUGCGGCAGUGAUGCUUUGCGCCUGGCUCUGCUUCUAUACGACGUCACAGCAACCAACGUCAACUUUCAAAUGAAGGAUGCGGUCUACUGGCUUCACUUCUGCAACAAGUUAUGGCAAGCGACGCGGUUCUUUCUGUCAGCUGCUGAGAAGCUUGGCAGCUCUCCCCAGUUCAUUCCCCUUUUGCAGAUACAGUCACAGUUGAGUGUCAUAGAUCGUUGGCUUCUGAGCUGCCUUGCACAUUUUGUCAGCACCUGUAACAAUUCUUUGUCAAGCGGAAGAUUGCACCAUUUUGCUGCUGCCAUCCAAACCUUCGUUGUUGCACAGCUCUGUGAUGUGUAUCUGGAGAGUAUGAAAGCAGCAGUAUGGGAGAGCCGCACCUCAGAAUUGGAGCGAACAUGCAGUGUCCUCUGGGUGGCUGUGGGCACCACACUACGCCUCAUGGCACCUGCAGCACCAUUCCUCUGCGAAGAAAUCCACCAGCGUCUGUCUGCAGUGUUUGGAGACAAAAACAUUGCCAGUAUUUGCACAGCUCCUUAUCCCACCACUCAGCAGUGGUCUUUGUGGAGGGCGGAAGACUUGGAGCAUAGAAUGCAGCGCACCUUGGCCAUUGUUUCGUCACUGCGCAGUGCCAGGCUGUCAUGUGGGUUGAAGCAGCCCAGAGCAUUUAUCAAGAUGGAGGAUGAAAAUGCUGACUUUGUACGCCAGCUAGCUCCGACUAUGUGCCACUUAGCAAAGCUACAAGAACUCACGGUACUCAGCAGCACCACUUUGCCAUGGGAUCCACCGAGUGAGGCCCACUGGACACGGGCCAUGGUGAACUCCAGUGCAGAUAUCUACAUUGAGACGAAUAAAGAAGUGGUUCAGAUGGCACUGCAGCAGCGCCUUGAGAAGCUCCUCAAUAAGGUCAACUUUCUGGAGCGGCGACAAUCACAUCCAAGAUAUAGGUUCCAAAACUCUGCAGCAGAGCAGGCCACGCACACUGAGCAGAUUGUCAACCUGAAGAAAGAAAUUGCAAUGCUGCAGGAACAUUCUACAGGUGCAAUUUCGAAAGACAAAGAAUGGCACAAGGUGGACAGUCCUUGUGAAUAAACGUGACCCCUGUGAUUUUGUUAACGUUCUUUUUGAAAUAUAUUGUUUGUUUUGUUUGUAUUCAACAA